AUGUUUCCUUUGAACGACUUUAAUUUCGUCGCUUGCGCCCUCGCAACGUUCUCUGCCGCGGUAGGCUACAACGUCUCCCGCAGGCGCGGCCGAAACUCCAAUGGACAUGCUGAAAGCGAGCGCGCCAAGAAAGAGAGUCGGCUAGGAUUUCUCAAGUUCCAUCGCAGGAACAGCACCGCAAGCGCGCGGUCCGUGAGCGUCGGCCCUAGUCUUAGCGGGAGCGACGCCGGCACGGAACCUUCUGCAACUGUGCGCCCUCGCGGCAACCCUCAUGAUACUGGGGCCAACGCGCCACGAGCAAGUGUGGCUUCUGCGGACCGGCGACGAUGGUCUACAGAGAAGGUCGCGGAUCCCGAGGACGGGUUGUUGAAGCGCAAGCGCUCGCCAUCGCCAGGACUUGCGCAACAAAAUACCGACACUCCCCCUACGAAGCGGCGCAGGACGCCACCUGCGGAGAGGGAGGAGCGCGAAGAGGACGUCAUCAAAACUGAGGAGAACACGCCGCAACUGUGCGCUCCCAACUGCGAUGAAACGCCACUCGUACAGGCCGAAGCUAAGGCGACUGCCGCCACCGCUAUCGCCACGGAGCUCGAGGAGCCGAGGUCAGAUGAGGUGCCUGCAGUCACGGAACAAGUGCCUACACCAUGCGUGGGGCUGCCUCCGGCUACCAGCCAAACUGCGCCCCUUGGCUUUCCGCAGAGCCUUUCUGCCGCGAAGGCUGCCGUUCAACCUCCGAAUUUUAGCGCAUCGUGGCACGCGAAUCCUUCUCUUGUAGCAACCAAACCCUCCUCCGCGUUUUCAGCCUUUUCAGGACAGCGCUCCGCGUUCGCGAAUUCAUUCGCAGGUGCUCAACACACACCUGUCUGGUCAACAGACAUGAGCGGUUCGGUUUCAGCCCUCAGCCAAACGUCGCCAGCAUUUGCUUCCUCGGACCCGAGCGACCCCUUGGCUGCAUCGAUACAUCCUGUACCGAGUGCCCAGAAAGUCCUGACUGGCGAGGAGGAUGAGGAGGUACAGACGGAGAUCAAAGGGGCUAAGGUCUUCAUCAAGCGAGGCGAUCGCGACUUCUGUGAAGGGAUACUCGGGAACGUGAAGAUCCUCAAGCACAAGGAGACUGGCCACCUGCGGAUACUGUUCCGGAGGGAGCCGAUUUGGAAGGUUACGAUGAGCGUGCGGCUGCGGCCAACGGUUCGGUGCACCUUCGACGAAGCGCAAGGCGCCCUCCGUGUGACCCUCAAGGAGCCUAUCGAGGAUACUCAGCAGGAACACUUAGUAAUCUACGCGCUGAAGAGAGGAAAGGCGUCACGAUCGGAGUUCGCAGAGUUCGCGAAAGCCGUCGCAGAUAGUGCGCAGCUACAAGUACAGACCCUCGUCUGA